AUGUCCACUUCAUCCACUAUAAAUACCAUAAAGCUUCGAUCAAAAGUACUUUUAAACAUAUCAGAUAUACUCGCAAGAGACAUUGAGCACAAAUUUGGGUGUAUAAUAGGUUAUCAAGAUGGUGAUAACCUAAUAGCGCUGACAUCUUUCGAGAUAUUACCUGAUUCAACGGGAAACAGUAUUGAUACAGAAUAUUUGUACAAAAGGUACAAUCAGCUAAAGCUUGUUUAUCCUGAAUGUCAAUUGAUUGGAGUCUAUUAUUUGGCCAAUAGCGGCAGCGGCAGCAGCGGCAGCGGCGGCAGCUGCCUUGACGGCAACACUGAUACCAAAGUUGAUAACAAGGUUGAAUAUAACUUGGGUCACCAUGGCUCCUUUACACUCGCAAUGUGUCAAGAAAUACAGCAAUUUUGUGCGACAUAUGGUAUACCUUUACCUUCGCUGUUCAUCUAUCUCAUAUACCAGCAGCAAAAAUGGAAAUUUAAUGAGGGAACUCUGAAAAAUUUGCCUUUUCAGGGAUACUUAUGCGAGACAUCACAGCCAAUUGCAACAGAAAUCAGUAUCAGCGAGACAGAAAGUAUUGCAGUGUCUACGAUUGUAGACCACAAAGACUACUACUCAGCAAGUGAUGCCAACAAAAAACCAACAAAAAUUGUUGAUAUCAAAAAACACGUCGAAGAUGUCUCAAAUACUCUAAAAAAUUUAGAGCAAAAACUUGUGCAGGUAUCGAAACCAACAGACACGGAAAACGAGUCGAAAUCCGAUCUUCGAAGUAGUAAACUAUCAAAGAAUGAGCCGGUUAGUCGAAUUUCGGACCUCGAGAAUGCCAAAUUAUUGAAAUUGCAGACCAUGCAGUUGGCCCUUUUAACUGAGCAAAAAUUGACAUUGGAGACUUUACAAAGCCAAGGUGUAAGACAUAUGCAUCCACCAUGGGUUGGUCAGUAG